GGCCGACGAGGGAGCGAGACGGCGGCGCCAAUUACUAUCACCUGGCGGGCUGCUACCGCAUUACCCACUGCCGCCGCGCGCGCGACCACGCGCCCGCUGCACCACGCGGCUCGCUCCGCUCUUGUGACUCCGACUCUGCACUUCAAUCGAUAUUCGCACCGCCGCGUCCGCUACCGUCGCGAGUGCAUCCCGUUACCCUAAUCACAGCUUUACGCGUCUCCUCGGGGAUGCACCGUGGACAACUUUGCCCCGUGUGGUAGUGCCGCCGCGCAACAUGCAACUGUGAAGUGUGUGCGGACUGUGACACAAACAUUACGCGGAACGUGCUUAUUUACAAGUUUAUUGUCAAGUUGUCAUUGUGAACGAUGACGUCCCAAUUCGCCUUCAGGGGAUCUCCACCGAAUCAGAGCACCAUAUCGACAGCCUCCAGCAGUCCGCCGCCGGCGCAAGCGGGAAUGAGUGGCGGCGCGGGCAGCGCGAGUGCUGCUCGAGCCAGCUCCCCAGCGGCGGGCGCGCCACGCUGCUGCGAUACUGGCCGCACAAUAUUCCAAGAUCCUAUUACUGGACAGACUGUGUGCUCGUGCCAGUACGAAUUUCUCAAUUACCAGAGACUGGCCUCAGGGGUACCAUUGUCUAUGUACAGUGCUCCAUACUCGGAUGCUGCAGCGGCGACAGCUGCCGGCAUGGCCGCGUACUUCCCCGCGCUGGCCGCCGACCAACCACCGUUCUAUACCAAUGCUGCCCCAGGAAUCGAGCUUAAGGAGAACAUAGCAGCAAGUGCUGCGAGUUGGCCUUAUCCUACCGUUUAUCAUCCUUAUGAUGCUGCCUUCGCUGGAUAUCCCUUCAACGGGUAUGGAAUGGACCUCAAUGGAGCUAGGAGAAAAAACGCCACCCGGGAGACGACCAGCACUCUUAAAGCGUGGCUCAAUGAACACAAGAAGAAUCCUUACCCAACGAAAGGAGAAAAGAUAAUGCUCGCGAUUAUAACGAAGAUGACCUUGACACAAGUAUCGACAUGGUUUGCGAACGCACGCCGUCGUCUUAAGAAGGAGAACAAAAUGACAUGGGAACCAAGAAACAGGGUCGAUGAUGAUGACAAUAAUAAUGAUGACGACGAUCACAAAAGUAACGAUGGAAAGGAUGCAUUAGACGGUAAAGAUUCCGGAACUGGUUCUAGUGAGGACGGUGAUAGACCACAACAAAGGUUAGACCUAUUAGGCCAAAGAACGGAAUCAGAAUGGUCUGAAUCCCGAGCUGAUAGCGGGCCCGAGUCACCUGAACCUUACGAGAGGCCAAUUCAUCCAGCUUACCAGCAUUUACCUUCAAGAGCCCCACCGGGCAGCACCCCAGCUUCAGCAAAGCCGAGAAUAUGGUCUCUAGCGGACAUGGCGAGUAAAGACGGCGAAGCGCCGGCGCCACCUUCUUCCGCAUCUGCGUUUUACCAGUCAGCAGCUGCUGCAGCGGCCGCUCGUCUCGCACACCCUUACGGCCGGCCCGAAUUGUACCGAGGUCUAUACCCUCCGACUCAUCCAGCAGAUGUCGCGCUUCUGGAGUAUUCCCGCUCGCUGGCACUGGCUGCACCGGCGCCCGCUCCUCCUGCACCGUCGCCGUCCUCGUCGUCAACAUCCUCGCUGGCGGAGCCGCCACCUCCCCCCCGCGCCUGACCACCAGCCCCCCGCCCGCCGCUGGCGCAUCGACAAUAACCGCGAUCUCGCCCCACGAGUGCCACGAGGGCCUUCUCACCUGUAAAUACCGUUUAAAGACUAAAUUAUAAAUAUGUAUACAUACGUAUAUAUAUACGUGAUAAUAAUUAUUAUGCACCGGUAGAGAAGCGUAGAUUUGUGAUAGUGGACACAGCGCCCGCCGCGCCGUGAGGUUGACAACUCGCAAACGACGUCGGCACUGCGACGCCGGACAACGGUGCAUGCCGACCGACCGACAAUACUAGGUGCUAAACAAGUUGGACCUUGCGACAUGUUGCUGUAGUUAUUAUUGGAGGUGGUUAAUCGAGGUGAUUUAAUUGAAAAAUAGGUAUUAAUAUGUGUUACGUUUCUAAUAGACAAACACUGUUCUAGACUAUUAUUUGUAUGUAGAGUGUAAAUUAUUAUUUUGAAAAUAUUCUCCUCAUAUUUAGUGCCUAAUUACGUCCAGUGUUUUUUCCAUUGUUUGAUAGUUUCAUUAAAAAAAAAUUAUCUAACAUUCGAAUUCUAAUAUUUAUUGAUACGAGGUCAGUAGUUGUAACGAUCUAUUAUAAUAAGUUAUCUACAAAUUAUUCAGUACACAUUUGUUGAGGAUUUUGUGAAAUCUGUAUAAAAUAAUUUCUAGUCACAAGACUAUGAUUGUCUAUAUUAUACAUUAAUGAAAUUACAAUAAUUACAUUUCAUUUGUUAUUGGAAUCGUGUACAUUAUAUAUAGUUAAUUAGUGAUUCGAGUAAUAGGGCUGGCACGAAUGAGGUUUCACGUCGAUGUGUACCUUAGAUCUCAAAUAAACUAUUACAGGCAAUCUGCUUAGUUGUAAGAAGCUAAAUUAUAUACUAAUAGAUAUUUUAUAUUUGAAAUAAAAUAUUAUUUGUAUUUAAUUUUUAUUUUAGUAUAAUUUUGUUAUCAUAAAAGUCCUGGUAUAUUUUGGUAAACAUUCAUUCCAUACAUUGUCGGCAAUGUGGGACCAACGAGACUUAAACUUAGGACUGUAUUGAGAACGUCUUAAACUGAGACCAGUAUGACAUUUUACAUUGGGACAUUAUCGGUAAUCUAAAUAUUUCAAAAGUAUUUAAUAUAUUGACGAAAAGUCUGAGCUUACUUUACAUCAUUUUAUAUAUUUUAUUUUAGGUGAUAAUAUCAGUAAAAUAUUUCUUUUUUUUAUAUAGAAAAUAUAUCUAUAUAUAAAGUAAUAAUACUCAAAAUAUAUAAGUAUAAGUAUCAAAAAUUUUAUAUACAACCUCUGGCCGUGAUGGCUAGUUGAAGUGAAUCGUGUCAGCCCUACCUUAUAAGAUACAUACAGUUCGAAACAUUUGCCUAAGACUCAUCUCUCCGAAAGUAAUUUGAAAUAACUUAAGUCUCAAAUGGCCUUGUACAAUCGUAAAAGUUA